UAAAAUCAACUAUCCAGCUGCCCUUCUGUCUUGACGUACAUUAAUCACUUCAAUAAAGAAAAACAUACCUAAACCUCAUAUAAGUUACAAGUGAAGCUAAUCAGAGUGGUUGCCAUAUUUUAUCAAACCUUGAGAGUUUAUCAGAGAGAAUGAAUCUUAUCCUUUCCAGGUGAGGUGUGUUCGUAUGGUUUUUGAGACGGUGUGUCCUUUUUUCCAGUGCAUCAGAAGCUGUUUCUUUGCUAAGAGGAGACCGUAAGACAUAAAACACAGUUCUGCAUGACUCAAAUUCACAAUACCAUCAGGCAAUCCAAAAAUAAUUGCCAAAGGUUCAGGUCUCGACUGAAGUUGAAGGAUUUCAGACAUUGUUUCAACAUUUUCUGCAUUUGGAGAGCAUCUAUGGACAUGAACAACACAGUCUAAAAUAUUGAACGUUUAUUGCACCUGCUUAAAUGACGCAAAAAAAAAAAAACCUUGAGAGUUAAGAAUAAAAAUGUUAUUUGGGGAGGUGGGGUAGUGCCAAAUAGGUCCCUGUGACGCAUAUUAAGUUUUUGUCUUUCAUGGCAUUUCCCCCUUUUACUUCUACAAUUUUACUUUAGAAAGAAGCUUUCAGUUGAUAGUUCAACGUCUAUUAAAAUUAGAACACCUCUCGCCCAAAUCAGCUCGGAUAGGCUCCAGUUCACCAAAGCAGUAACCAUUGCAUAUCUAUAGAUGGCGCUAAUGCGCUAUUAGAGUUUGCAAACAACCGUUCAACAAAAAGAACAAACCUCGUCGAGGCAAAAAAGCAGGAAGUGAAUUCUUCUCUGCCGUCAUUAGCUAAAUAGGUUUGAGAUGUACUGCUUGUUCAUACUUUUUCCCCACUUAUACCGAAGCCUGGAUACUCUUUUCACUGGCCGCGAAACAUGUGACGUGUUAUUUAUAAAGACACAAGAAGAAGUUUCUCUGGCUGCGAAUUUGACUCAAGGCUUACCCUCCCGGUCACGGGCUUCGAACACAUUUUAACGGAAGUCAUUCGACAAUUUGGGAGAGUAUUGCUAUUUGGAAUACGUAAUUCACUACAGCCCGACUCUUUAAAUAAAAGCAGUGAUCUUGUGUUGGGUUCGGGGCCUCCCCCUAGUGAUUGCAAUGUAAAUGGAGCUCUUGCCGUGCUCAAAGCGUUUUCAGUCAGUUUUGACCGUCGGGCGGGAGCCGGAGCAGGUGUCGGCGAAAUGCGGUCCGACGUCGAGUACAGCCCGGUGGGAGAGGGGCUGGGGAUGCGGGACUUUUGGCUUUACGCUUGGAUGCGGAGGGCGGCGGUGAUAGCGGCUCAUGUCACUGGCGUCAGCCUGACCAUCAUCAUCGCCGUGCUGUCAAGACCCGGAACCAGUGAGUGGACCUCAACACGGUUCAGUCUCUUUUCUUGGCAUCCCUUAUGUAUGGCACUAGCGUAUUGCUUGUGUAUGACAGAAGGCAUCCUCAUCUUCUCACCCGAAUUGUCCCUCUUCUGCUUCAAGUCCCGGAAGUGGAAAGUCCGCCUGCACUGGUUCUGUCAGACUCUGGCCCUGAUCGUUGCAGCGACGGGCCUCGGCUUCAUCGUGGCCAGCAAGAAUCUGUCCGAGAGUCGCCACCUGGCCACCUGGCACAGCCGCCUUGGCAUCUGCACCUUGGCCGCCUCCGCGCUUCAAGCCGCGUGCGGCGUCUGCGUCAUCUACCCCAAGCUGCUGUGUCUCUCCACGCCCCCGCCCAGGUUGAAGCUAUACCACGGCACAUGCGGCCUGGUGGUCUACCUGCUGGCCACAUUGACAAUAAUGGCGGCGAUGCUCUCUGACUGGUAUCAGGCCAUGGUCAAGGGGCCGGUGUGGUGGGCCAUCUUCUUGCUGCCAGUCUUUCCUGCUCUGGUGGUGAUGAACCAGAUAACUAAUGGUUACUUGCCUCGUAAGAAGAUCAGCAGCUAAGGCGGAAAAACUUGAGUGAUUUGUAUUCACAAGAGCCUGAUGGAUGUGAUCAGUCAUGAAAGCAGCUGCAGGAGGGAUCAGCUCUGUGACUGGUCCACGAUGUAGACUGCCACUCAUCCUCAUUUAGCAGGGAUAGACUGGUCGUGACCGGGAGGUGUUUCAAAAAUGGGUGGCCUCCACAUUGAAGAUUUAAUCAACAAUACAUUCCAAUUUUACAUUCAAAUAACUGCUGUUGUGUGUAUUAUUGUUUUUGAGAGGUUUUUUUUAGAGUGUGUGAGGAUGUAAACAACCCCCCCCCACCCCAAAUCAUAGACUUCUUUUUCAGCAUUUAUUUUUGUAUCGUUUAUUUCCAUUGUGCUUGAAUUAACAUUUAGGUUGAACACAUGCCAUUUUCAACUUUAAGUGAGUUAAAGAAAUGACCCCAAUGACAGCGACAAAACUACAAAGUGACAGCAUUGCUUAUUGGCAUUUCACAUUGAAUUUUUCUUCGGCUGUGUUAUGCGACUGCUGCAUACAAAACCAAUUCUAAUGAAGUUUGGACAUUAUUUUAAACAUAAAUAAAAACAAUACAAUGACUUGCAAA